AUGUCGUCCGAUGAAGAACCGAGUACAAGUGCGCCAAGUGCAAAAAGAAGAAAAUACCAACAAUUUUAUAAGAAAGAAUGGGAAGAGGAAUUUCCAGGCUGGUUGCAAGUUGGUCGAAAAGGAAUAAACAGCGCGUAUUGCAAAAUUUGUAAUAAAGAUAUUAAUAUCGCGUCAGGGAAAGACGCUUUGAGGAAGCACAGUUCUUCUCAAGGACACUUGGCAUCAUCGAAGAGUUUGAAAGCACAACCGAAGAUAUCCUCGUUUACAGUGGCAAAAAAUCCAAUUCCAGAAAUACAAGUUAAACAAGGAGAAAUAAGAUUAGCUUCAUUUGUGGCCGAACAUAAUCUACCGUUUACCAUUAUGGAACAUCUUCCGAAGCUGAUCCAGGCCGUUUGUCCAGACUCCAAAAUUGCAAAAGAUCUGAAAUGUUCCACAACGAAAACACACGCAAUCGUAGAUAAUGUAUUAGUUUUGCAAGCUGUAGUUGGACCUAACUACAGAUUCAUUUGCAUCGAUGUUGGAGCCUAUGGAAAACAAAGUGACAGUGGGAUAUUUGAUCUUUCUAACUUGAACGAACUACUUCAGCGUGGUGCUCUCAAAGUGCACUCUGAGGAAAAAUUGCCCGGCAGUGAUUUGCGUGCACCUCAUGUGAUAAUCGGGGAUGAAGAUUAUCCUCUGAAGCCAUAUUUAAUGCGUCCUUAUCCUGAUAGAACUGCUGGACCCGAUGAACAUAUGUUCAACAAACGAUUGUUCCUUGCGAAACAAACUGUAGCAUUUGGUAUCAUCAGUAAUGAAUGGCGCAUACUUCUAAAGGCAAUAGGUUACUCCACAACGAGCAGAUAUAGCAAUCCAUCUAUUAUCAGUAUUGCUGAACAUUGGUGCGAAGACAUUAAUCUGAGCGUCAUGUCGAUACCUGGUUUCAAACUAGUAUCAAGUUUCUGCCGAUCAUCACGAGAGCAUGGUGGUACUGCCAUUUUUGCCAGAUCUCGUCUUCAAGUGACAAACAUGGACAUUUCCAGGUUCUCCGUGGAAAUGGAGUGCGAGUUCUGUGCGUGGGUGCUAACUUCACGGACACGUCCUGCGUAUGUGGAUAAAAUACCUGGACGUAAAAAACUCAGCACAACACUUUUAAAAAAAUGCUAUCAAGAAUGUAUUGAUGGUGCCCGCAGAAGGGUAAACUCAGAUGCGGUUAUUUUGUGCGAUGGUUGGAAGAAUUCAUCAAGCAACACCAAGACCGUGGUUACUAUGUUGCACUCAACAGAUGGUAAAAGCGGUUUUAUUGAUGCCAGGGAUUUAACGACUGAAUCAGAAACUGCAGAAAAACUUGCAGAGAUAAUUAUGGAAUCUACAACAAUUGUCAAAGAAAAAUAUAACGUUGACGUGUACGCUGUAGUUUCCGAUAAUGCUAGUGCAAUGGUUGAAAUGGGUUCUCUAAUAAGACAUCGUAUGUGGCACAGUACAUGCAAUUGUCACACAGGUAAUCUUUUAGCAAAGGACAUCCUAGAUAAAAAGUUAGUGGACAACGUUGUUCUUGUACUAAAGGAAUUCAAACAAUCUGAUUUUGAAAAGAUGAUUAUAUCCAAAGGAGGGCGUAUAAUUAAGCUUCCUGCCGAGACGCGUUGGUGCUCUUAUCGUGAUUCAUUUAAAAGUCUCAUAGAGAUCCUGCCUUAUAUAAAACAAAUUCUAGCAGCUACAAGGAAAAAAAUUAAGCCUAAAGUAAUCGAAUUGAUAUUCAAUGACGACUUUAUUGAUGAAGUCCAAAAAAAUUUUGACAUACAAAAUCCAAUUUGCAAUCUUAUCAAUACCUGUCAGAGCGCUGAAAUGUCCCUAGUAGAUGCUGUGAAUCUUUGGCUGACAUUGAAGGUACCAGAAAUUUUCGUAGAAAAACUGAAAAACAGGCAAGAGAUAGCGCUUAACGUGUAUGCAUUAACAGCGUACUUUCUUCAUCCGACAUAUGAUAUUUCGAAGCUAACAUCUGCUUAUACUAUAAAAAUAAACGCUUUCCUAUUCAAACUACUCGACAACAAAGGCAUAGAAGAAUGGGACAAAUUUAACACAAGAUCAGGUAUGUUGCAUAAGUAUUCAAAACUAUCUUUAGUACUUAGCACUCCUAAUCAGCAUAUUCAAAUUCUUUUUCAUAAAAAGGCAAACAAGCCUUUAGUAUUUUGGAGGAUGGCCCAAAUGGAAUGCCCGGUCCUAGGCAGCUUAGCGCUCAAAUUGCUUAAAAUUCCUGCCUCUUCUGCUCAACUCGAACGAUUGUUCUCUAACUGGGGAUACAUACACACCCCUCUACGAAAUAGAUUAUCAUUCGAACAUUCUAAAAUGUUGGUACACUUAUAUUUCACCCUGCAGAGUGACAAUAUUGAAGAAAAUUUGGAUCCUGAUUCAGCAUCCAGUUUAACCAGUGACGUAGAAGAUUAAAUAAACAUUAUAUUUUAUGUUCAUAGCUGUGAAUGUUAAUUUUUUGUUCGUGUUGAAUGUUUUUUUCAAAGUUUUAUUAAAAUAUUGAUAACGUU